CUCUGACAUAUGAAAUAAAAUAAAUUAAAAUUAAAUAAAACACAGAUAGAGAAUGGCACAGAAAGAAGAAACAGUGGUGAUCAUUGUCGGCGCCGGUCCGGCGGGUCUCGCCACCGCCGGCUGCCUUUACAAGCUCUCCAUCCCUUACAUCCUCCUCGAAAAGGAGGACUGCCACGCCUCCAUUUGGAAGAAAUACUCAUACGACCGCCUCCACCUCCACCUGGCCAAGCAUUUCUGCGAGUUGCCGAACUUCAGUUUUCCGGCGACAACUCCGACGUACGUUCCCAGGAAAGAGUUCGUAAACUACUUGGACGAAUACGCCUCCCACUUCAAAAUCACCCCUCGGUGCAAGAGGGCGGUGCAGUCGGCGGCGUACGAUGAGGUGGUCGGGAAGUGGAACGUGAGGGCCGGAGUAACGGAUUCCGGGGAGGUGGAGGAGUAUUCCGGCAAGUUUCUUGUGGUGGCCACCGGAGAAUCCAGCGUUCCUUAUAUUCCUGAGGUGAAGGGGAUCGAGAGAUUCGCCGGAGAAAUCAUCCACUCGACCCAGUAUAAGAAUGGGGAGAAGUAUAGGAAUAAAAGAGUUUUGGUGGUCGGAUGUGGGAAUUCCGGCAUGGAGAUUGCUCUUGAUCUUUCCAACUAUGGGGCAAAGACCUCCAUAGUUGUACGGAGCCCGUUUCACCUUAUAACAAGAGGAAUGGGAGACUUGGCUCUUACAAUGUUGAAGUACCGUCUGCCUUAUUGGCUUGUUGACUCAGUCCUUGAGCCGCUCAGCAAAUUCGUUUUUGGAGACACAACUAAAUACUAUGGGGUCAAGAAGCCCAAGGACGGUCCGUUUACGAACAAAGUCAAAAACGGCAAAUAUCCCGUUUUCGACGUCGGGACCCAUGCCAAGGUCAAGUCCGGGGAGAUUAAGGUGUUUCCAGCGAUGGUAAAAUUGGACGGCAGUGAUGUCGAAUUUGAGAACUGCACCUCCUAUCCAUUUGACGCUAUUGUUUUCGCCACCGGCUUCAAAAGAUCCACCGCCAAAUGGCUUCAGGGUGAUGAAUAUAUGUUGAAUGAUGAUGGACUUCCCAAGCAAGAAUUUCCGAUGCACUGGAAGGGAAAGAAUGGGCUCUAUUGCGUCGGGCUGGCUAGGAGAGGAUUGUAUGGGAUUUGUUUUGAUUCCCAAAACAUAGCCAAUGAUAUUAAAAUGCUCGUGUGAUAUUCCAUUAUAUUUUCUUCCAUUAUUUUUGUGAUAUGAAACGAUUCUAUUAUGGUGUGGAUGUGUGAUGUAUUUCUGCAAAUAAACUCACAAGUAUAAAGGUCUUCUUUGUUCCAAGACGAGAUCUUCAAAUGCAUAUAUGAGUUUUAAUUUUAAUUUUAAUGUUACGUACA